AACUUUACAUUUUCUAAUCUAAUGCUAAAAACACUUACUAACAUCAUACUGAAAAUGGUCACCGAUUACCGAUAUCUGACACCUAGGAGCCUACCUUGAUUAAAGGACAAACGUGCUGCGCCGAUCAAAAUCAUUACUUAUUCUCUGUUAGGAGCAGCGGCGAAUAAUUCUUUUUAGCUACCUUCCGGGACCAUGCUGUCGGUUCCCUUCUUUGAUGUCUGCAGUUAAACCCUGAGCCCGUUUCGUAUUGGAAUAGCCUGGAGGAGGUCUACCGCUUGGCUUGACUGCUUAAAACAUAACUUAUGAAGAAAAGGGGAAAGCUGGUCUGUUUUUCGGGUAAAACUAAGACGUGUUUCCCCCCCAUCCAGAAAAGAUACACAUUGAACGGAACUUAAAAGCACCGUGGCUGAGUGGAAAUUGUGGAUGACUUUUUUUCGGUUUUGGGUUGUUGGAUUUCAGGGAUUCUCGAGACGCGAAAACUUCUGGGUCGAUGAGAAGACGGGACAGAUGAACAACUACUGCUGAUCUGAGCAAGCGGAGAGGCGAUCGGUCGGGCGCGGGAGGCUGCGGGCAAGACGCAAGGGAACGGAGAGCCGAAAUCAUGAAGCGGGCGCUUACGGACCAUUUCGUCAGCAGCUUUAGAGAAGAUGCCCCUCGUCCGCCGGUGCCGGGGGAAGAGGGAGAGGCGCCGUGCAACAGCCCCGGCAAACUUGCUGGGGUCAGACCCCAGAGUAAAGCUAAAGCGGCAGUCAUCGACCCCCCUGUGUUUGCGGCCAGGAGGGACGAGGAUGGACUGGGGGAGCCUGAAGGGAGCGCGUCCCCGGAUUCCCCGCUCAUCCGAUGGACGAAGUCCCUGCACUCCCUGCUGGGCGACCAGGACGGCGCCCAUCUCUUCAGUAUAUUCCUGGAACGGGAGAAUUGCGCCGACACGUUAGAUUUCUGGUUCGCAUGCAACGGCUUCAGGCAGAUGAACCUCAAGGAUGGCAAAACGCUUCGAGUCGCCAAAGCCAUUUACAAACGAUACAUCGAGAACAACAGCAUCGUCGCGAAGCAGCUGAAGAGCGCAACUAAAGUCUACAUAAGGGAUAAUAUCAAAAAGGGCCAGAUAGACUCGUCCAUGUUCGACCAGGCGCAGACAGAAAUACAGGCAACCAUGGAGGAAAAUGCUUACCAGAUGUUUUUGACCUCUGAUAUAUUCCUCGAAUACGUCCGUGCCGGAUGUGAGAGCCCGGCUCAUAUUGGCCACAGCGGGCUGGGGAGUCUAAAAUUGAUGUGCGGAUACUUGUCUAGGUUAAACGUGGAAGAUGAGUGGACUGGCAAAGACUUUAAAGCCGUGGAUCUGGCUUCAAUGGUUGGGCUCUCGACAAAAGCGCCGCGGGCGGCUGCGCCUCUGAGGUCUGCGGAUGUGCCGCGGAAUGAAUAUAGGCUGCGCCGGUGCCCCGAUCCCACCAAGUCGUGCCCCCCCAACGCGGGCUGUGUGUUGGCCCCUGCGUCCAGCGCCCACGACAGCGAGGCCUCCAGCGACGCUCUCACGGACGACUCUGUGUCUGUGACGGACAGCAGCGUGGAUGGUGCCCCCACGUACAAGCCGGGCUCCCGGAAGCUGCUGAAGCGUGAAAUGCACCGCAGCGUCAAGGUGAACGGCCGUGUGCUGCUGCCUGACUUCCCACAGAUGCAGCGCCCCCCCCGGGACAUGGGCCCCGUGGAGCCGGCGGCCUUUGCCGCGCAGCUGAUCGCCCGGCUGGAGCGGCUGAAGCGGGAGCAGGACACCCGGAGCUCCCUGGAGCAGCGGCUGCAGCAGAUCCAGGAGGAGGAGGAGGGGGAGGUGCCGGGCGUCGCCCUGUGUGACGAGGACCCCCAGGCCAUUCUGGAUGAGCACCUGUCCAGAGUGCUGCGCAGCCCCGGCUGCCAGUCUCCCGGCACCGGCGUGGGCGUGGCCUGCCGCUGCCUCUCCCCAGACACCCGCGCCCCCUGCAGGCUGUCACACCUCACUGCCACCCAGCAGCAGCCCGGUGAGGGGGCGGACGGGGCCCGGUGCCGGAUGGGGCUCUGCUCCUCUCCCAUUGGUUCUGGCCUUGGCAGCCUGGUCGCAGUGCAUUGUGGCAGGCAGUGUAACGCGACGCCACGGCGCCCCUGUCAGGCCGGGGAAGGGAGCGCCAUGGCACCCUGCGGAUGCGAGGCCGUGCAGCCCCCGUCGGACACUGCCGACCGCUCGCACGGCGUGUGGCAGUGGAUUCUGGACAGCGAGAGGCAGGGCCGGCACAGGUCACAUGGCACCCAGCGCGCCAGAAAGCCACACACGGGCAACGCCGCACUGCUGCGCAAUCUGGCCAGUGGGGGCGCCGGCGGUCACUCCCGUGCGGCUCAGCCCUCCCAGCCCUUUGUUCAGGACCCCUCUAUGCCCCCCCUGCCCCCACCCAACACGCUGGCACAGCUGGAGGAGGCGCGCCGGCGCCUGGAGGAGGCCUCCAAGCAAAGGUGUGCAGCCCCCAGCCCUGCGGCGGAAAGACACCGGCCAGCACCCAUCCCCAAUGGACGUGCACUGCUGUCCGGCCCUGCGGCGCAAACAGAAGAGGUGAGAGAUCCGCACCCCGGCCCCGAGAUUGUCGUCACCUACUUCUUCUGUGGGGAGCACAUCCCGUACCGGAGGAUGGUGAGGUCGCCCAGCCUGACCCUGCGCCACUUCAAGGAGCAGCUUCGCAAGAAGGGCGAUUACAGGUACUAUUUCAAGAAGGCCAGCGACGAGUUUGAGUGCGGCGCCGUCUUCGAGGAGGUGUGGGAGGACGCGGCCGUGCUGCCCAUGUACGAGGGCAAGAUCCUGGGCAAGGUGGAGAGGAUGGACUGAGGGCCUCGCGUACGACCAGCAGGGGGCGGGAUGCCAGAGACGCCGAGGGCCAGCAGACAGACUGAGCGGAUGGGGAGAGACAUGUGACUUAAGAUCUACAAACCAGCAUGGAGACACGAUGCUGAUCACAAAAAGGACCGGAACCGAACCUGCAACUGCAUCUUCCCUGGAUAUUUGAAUGUGCGCAAAAAAGAACCCCCCCAGUUGUCCCAUGUCCAGAAGAUGGACAAGCUGCUUUGCCGAUUUCUAGAAGAUUCCAGUUACUGGUCCAUUGCCGCAGUGAUGCAGUGAUGGCGAGCCAGUGGUUCAGGGGGCGUGGCAUCCCUGCACAGGUCCGGAUCUCCAAACCAACCAGUGAAAAGCGCUGCUGCUGAUUGGUCCGUGCCUCCCGGCGUGGGAAAAGGAAGUGACACGGUCGAGUGCCUUCAGUGUGCGUGUGCGGGAGCCGAAGCAGGCGCAAGGCUCCGUCCAGCAGGACCCAAUGUGAAGGAAUGUGACCCUUAAAGACGGACUGAGGAAUAGGCACCGGUCUGUGACCGCGGGUUUCGGUCAUGCUCACCGCCAUCUUAUUCCUGCCACCCAGGCCUGGUCCUGGUUCUGGGUUCAAUCCUGGGGGUGGGGGGACCCAAGAUCACCUGUCCCCAGUCCCAGAGGCAGAUGCCUAAAAGAACACGUGUUAAACGAGUACAACACGCGUGCCUACAUGGAUUUCCAUGUACUGCCCUACUUCAGGGUGAAAUAUUCCCUUGGUUUUUUAAAGGGCUUUUAUGUGGGGAAAAGAGAUUUUAAUGUGGGCUUUUUUUUUUUUUAAUAUAUAUUUGUAACCCUGUUCUUCAUGUUGAUCAUUUAUGUUCAUGGGUUUCAUUUCUUCUUCACAGGGUGGCAUGCCAUUUCAAUCUAAAUUAUGCAUUAUAAGGAUGACCUGGUACUUUAUUGUAAUUAACAGAUGUAGCCUUUUAUUAAAAUAAAAUAUAUAUUUUUCAAAA